AUGAAGUUUCUCCUCCUGACACUCGCUCUGCAGGUCACCGCUUCUGGAGUUCUUCACCUGACCAAUGCUACAAACCUGAAGGAAAAUAAUGUGACAUUUGCUGAAGAGUACUUGACAAUCUUUUAUGACCUCAAGAUGGAGCAACUUCCGAUGACAAAAGCGAAAGUCGUUGGGAACUUGAUAGAGAAAAAACUCCGGGAAAUGCAGCAGUUCUUUGGGCUGGAAGUGACUGGGCAACUGGACCCGUCGACCCUGGACGUGAUGCACACCCCUCGGUGCGGGGUGCCGGACGUGCAUCCGUUCAGCGUGAUGCCAGGGAGGCCAGUGUGGAAUAAGCGUCAUCUCACUUACAGAAUCAAUAAUUAUACUCCUGACAUGAGACGCAAGGAUGUUGACUUCGCCAUCCAGAAAGCCUUCCAAGUAUGGAGUAAUGUGACCCCCCUGAAAUUCAGGAAGAUUGACGCAGGCGAGGCCGACAUCAUGAUAGGCUUUGCACACGGAGCUCACGGAGACUUCAAUGCUUUUGACGGCCAAAAUGGAAUCCUCGCCCACGCUUUUGGACCUGGAUCUGGUAUCGGAGGAGACGCACAUUUCGAUGAGGCUGAAAUCUGGACUGCAAGUUCCAAAGGUACUAACUUGUUCCUCGUUGCUGUUCAUGAGCUUGGCCAUUCCUUGGGUCUUGACCAUUCCAAAGAUCCAAAGGCCAUCAUGUUUCCCAACUACAGAUACGUUGACCCCAACACAUUCCAUCUCUCUGCUGAUGACAUACGUGGCAUUCAGUCCCUCUAUGGAGGCCCUGAAGAAGACCAACACUUGCCCAAACCCGACAGUCCAACAUCAGCUAUCUGUGACCCCAAUUUGAGUUUUGAUGCUGUCACCACAGUGGGAGAUAAAAUCUUUUUCUUCAAAGACAGGUUCUUCUGGUGGAAGUUUGCCGGGAAUCCAAAGACCAGUGUUAGUUUAAUUUCUUCCUUAUGGCCAACCUUGCCAUCUGGCAUUCAAGCUGCUUAUGAAAUUACAACCAGAAAUCAAGUUUUUCUUUUUAAAGAUGACAAAUACUGGUUAAUUAGCCAUUUAAGACCACAACCAAAUUAUCCCAAGAGCAUACAUUCUCUGGGCUUCCCCUACUCUGUGAAAAAAAUUGACGCAGCUGUUUUUAACCCAUUUUCUCUUAAGACCUACUUCUUUGUAGACAACCGAUAUUGGAGGUAUGAUGAGAAGAGACAGUCCAUGGACCUGGGUUUUCCCCAAUUGAUUACCAAGUACUUCUCAGGAAUUGGACCUAAAAUUGAUGCAGUCUUCUAUUCUAAAUUCAGAUACUAUUUCUUCCAAGGAUCUAAUCAGUUUGAAUAUGGUCUCCUAUCCCGUCGUGUCACCAAAAGGCUGAAAAGCAACAGCUGGUUUGGUUGUUAGGAAUGGU